AUGACGCACUCGCUUGGCUUGGGCAGCACGGCGGUCGGGGCCGGAGAGACACUCCCGACCGCUACCGCGCAGCACGGCUCACCCUCCGCAAGGACGUUUGAUCGCUCGAAUCUCGGAUUUCACCUCAAGAUAGGGUCUAAAGUCAUCAACAUGUACGGCUUGCUGUUCGCGACGCAGGCGUGGUUCACCGCCCUCCUUAUGUUCCCCCUGUGCUUCGUGUCGGCGCUGGUGGCUCCGAUCUUCGACUGGCGACGGAUGCGCCCGCCCACGGCGAUCGCGGUUAUGUGGGGAAGGCUGGCACUCUGGAACAUGGGGGUGAGGCCAGAGGUGGAGGGGGCGGAGCUGCUGCCGCCAAGGGGAGAGGCCGUGGUGUUCGUGGCGAACCACGGGUCGUACCUCGACAUCCCGGUGACGAACUACUUGCCAAGAAUGUGCAAGUACCUUAUGAAGGCGGAGCUGCUGUGGCUGCCGAUUGUGGGGUGGAAAGCUGUUUUGGCGAGGGACAUUUUCGUACACAGGGGGACGUCUACGACCUUUCGACAACUGCUUAGGUCUACCACACGCACCCUCAAGGCGGGAAAUUCCAUCAUGACCUUUCCUGAGGGGACUCGCAGCCGUGACGGUCGAUUAGGGAAGUUCAAGCGCGGACCGUUCACGAUGGCGCAGCAGGCAGGAGUCAGAGUCGUCCCGGUGACCAUCACGGGAGUUACUGAAGCGAUGCCGCCGUUCGCCAUGGCGCCUCUUCGCAAGCCUCGAAACGUUCGGCUCGUUGUACACCCGGCGAUAUCGACCGAGGGUAAGCCGGUGAAGGAUCUCAUCGCGGAAGCCCGAAAAGCCGUGAGCGACGGCUUGGAAGACUGGCAGAAGCCGAGACCAAAGGUGGACGCUAGUGGUAGUGGGGAUGCUUCGCCAUCCACGCCGCCGUCGCCGUCGCCGCCUCCGUCCCCAUGA